AUGUCUCAAGGUACUUUAUUCGGUUCUACUGAAACUAGAUCCAUUCUUCCUGUCGGCUUAGUCAAAGCUUUCAAGUUAGACAUUGCUCUUGAAAAGAGAGAAGCGCCAGCACAAAAGGCAGCUUUCCCAAACACCAAGGUCCCAGCUUUCAUUGGUCCAAAGGGAUUCAAGUUACAAGAAUCCAUUGCCGUUCUUUUCUACUUGAUCUCUUUACAUGAUGCAGAAUCUCCAUUAUUAGGUACUGACGUUGAAUCCAAGGCCCAAGUCCUUAAAUACCUUUCAUGGGCUACUGCCGAAUUAAUGACUCCAGUUACUGUUGUUAUUAAGAUCUUGCUGAACAGAGUUCCAUUCAACAAGAAGGCUCUUGAUACUGCAAACGCUGAAGUUGACCAGCACGUUGCUCAAUUAGAAAAGAGAUUAUUGACUCACACUUUCUUAGUUGGUGAAAGGUUAACUGUUGCUGAUUUGUUUGUUGCAUCUUGUUUCUACAGAUGCUUUGCAUUGACUUUUGGUAAGAAAUGGAGAGCUGAACACCCAGUUUUUAUGAGAUGGUUCAACACGGUCAUUAAGACCGAAUACUUAUCCUACUUCUUUGACACUUUUGAAUUUGUCGAUGAACCAGUUAAGCCACAACUACCAUCAAAGAAGGAAACCAAGCCUAAACAAGAAGAACCAGCACCAGCACCAGCACCAGCACAGCCAAAGAAGGCAAAACAUCCAUUAGAAGAAUUAGGUAAGCCAACCAUUCCUUUAGAUGAAUUAAAGAGAAACUACUCUAACAUGGAAACCAGAGAAGGUGCUUUACCAUACUUCUGGAACACUUUCUACAACGACAAAGAAUGGUCAUUGUGGAGAGUCGACUACAAGUAUAACGAUGAAUUAACCUUGACUUUCAUGUCUAACAACUUAGUUGGUGGUUUCUUCAACAGAUUAUCUGCUUCCACCAAGUACAUGUUUGGUUGUGCUGUCGUUUACGGUGAAAACAACAACAACGGUAUCGUUGGUGCUUUCUUAGUUAGAGGCCAAGAUUACAAGCCUGCUUUUGAAGUUGCUCCAGAUUUCGAAUCUUACUCCUUCACCAAGUUAGAUGCUUCCAAGCCAGAAGACAGAGAAUUCGUUGACAACAUGUGGGCUUGGGACAAGCCAGUCAUCGUUAAUGGUGAGUCUAAGGAAAUUGCUGAUGGUAAGGUCUUGAAAUAA